GGAAGUACGGUCGCCAUUUUAUUGUUAACAUUUACUUGCUCAGCUGUAUAUAUUGUUUAUAUUUUGUAACCUUUUGUAAUCAUUUUAAUUUUAAUUAUUAUAAUAAUAAUAUAAUUUAAUAAAGGUGGAUAAUCAUCCCUCAAUUCAGAGAGUACAUAAUGUCAAAACCAAUUGUCUUUGUAACUGGCAAUGCUAAAAAAUUAGAAGAAGUAUUAGCAAUAUUGGGAAAACAAUUUCCAAAAACAGUGAUUAAUAAAAAAAUUGAUUUACCAGAAUAUCAAGGUGAAAUUGAUGAUAUUAGUAAAUUAAAAUGUAAAUCAGCAAUGGAAGUUGUAAAGGGUCCAGUUAUUGUUGAAGAUACAUGUCUUUGUUUUAAUGCAAUGAAAGGAUUACCUGGUCCAUAUAUUAAAUGGUUUCAAGAUAAAUUAGGACCAGAUGGUUUAUAUGAUAUGUUAGCUGCUUGGGAUGAUAAAACAGCUGAAGCAAUAUGUACAUUUGCAUAUUCAACUGGUAAUCCAAAUGAUGAAGUUAUUUUAUUUCAAGGUAAAACAAAAGGUACUAUUGUUAAACCACGUGGACCACGUGUAUUUGGUUGGGAUCCAGUUUUUCAACCAGAUGGACAUGAUCAAACUUAUGCACAACUACCAAAAGAUAUUAAAAAUACUAUAUCACAUCGUAGUUUAGCACUUGAAAAAUUAAAAGAUUAUUUCAUCAAUCAAGCUAAAUAAUUUAUCAUCUACAAGCAACAUAAUUUUUUUGUCAUCAAGUUGAUCAAUCAUCAGAAAUAACAUCAUUAAUUCUCUAUUAAUUGCUCAAAAUAAAUACACAGCUCAAUUAAACAUUUAAAAAUAGAU